CCUAUUGCAUUCCAUCUACUAAACUCUUACUCAACAGCAUUCAAAGCUUGCCAACUUCUUCCCUUGAUUUCAAAUGGAGCCAAAAGCCACAGCCUCGAUGACAAUGCAACAAGAACAACAAUUCAAGAAAAUAGUGAAUCUGUUAGAGGACAAAAAGGCAAAAAGUACUAUUGCCCUUGUGGGGGAUGCAGGAGUAGGGAAAACUUGGAUGGCUAGUGAGAUCAAUGAUUAUUACAUCAAUGAAUCUAUCAAUGGCAGCUGCUUUUAUGGUACUCUUUGGUUCUCUAUGAACAAAAAGUAUGACGAAGGUCCCUUUAUGAAGUCAUUGCCCGUCAGUUGUCUGUACAUUCAAGUCUCGAGGAGAAUGAAGGUAAUGUCGAAAACAAGAUAACUGAGAAAGAGAAGCUCAAAGGGUUGGAAAACAAGAUUACUGAGAAACUCAUGGAAAUGAUAGAUGAGAAGUUUGGAGGAGAUAGAACUUCUGAAGAUAAAGCAUUUCUUCUAUUGAUUCUAGAUGAUGUUUGUUGUGAGAGUUAUGAAGAGGAAACUGUGUCCAAAUUGGAAAAGCUGCUGCUAAAGGAACCAAAAACUGCACUGAAGUUUUUAGUCACAAGAAGGAACAAAGCUCGCAGCAAUGAGACUGAGAAUGAGGAAGUGAUUGAGAUUAAACCCUUGUCAAAUGAAGAGUCAGGGACUCUACUGAAGAAACUGAUAAGAAUCUCAGUUCCCAACAAGGAAGGUUUUGGAGAAAGCAUUGGGAAUAUUGCAGAAAAGAGCAAAGGUCUGCCAGCUGCAGUAGUCAAACUGGUAGCAGAAGCCUUCAAUCAAUCCGGAGAACAUGAUUCAGGGCUUUUGAAGUUGGAAAGUGCUCUGAAAGAAGCAGGUAGUUAUGAGGAACUAGACAAAUGCAUAAGGCCGCUCCUGUGCUAUGUGAUUGACAUGCUGCAGGGUGGAGGGACCGACGCAGUUGAGGCUUUGGUUAACUGCUAUUGGCAUAGCUGGGAAUUCUUCCGCGCACAUGUUCAUGGAGCAAUAGAUUACAAUGAGUUGAUAUUGAGCUGGAUAUUGGAGGGAUAUUUUGGUUCUGCUGAUCAUGUCAAGGAGGCAUAUGAAGAGGGUUAUCGUGUGCUGAUGAAGCUUAUUGAACGUGGGGUGAUAAAAAUGCAAGAAGGUAAACUUGUUAUGAUGGAAGAAUUGGUUCUUACGGUCCCUGAUUGUCGUCGUGUUGGAUAUGAGCAGAGAUCAAUCCUGGGAUUGGCUCGUGUUCUUGACGAAAGCAUUUGGGAAGGUUUUGGAACAGUUGCACCUUCAGAUGAUAUGAUAAUGAUACCGAGAAUUCACCCAAGACAGAGUAAUGUUUCCACUCUUCUCAUUCAUGAAAGUCGUCUAAGCGGGGCAGAACCAGAAACAUUCUUUAAGCCGAUGCUGGGACUCCAAAAUCUUGCCGUCAUCAAUCCCAGGUUCAAGUCAUUGCCUCCAUCACUGUCUGAAAUGGAGAAGCUUCAGAUGCUGGUUCUCAGAGGCUGUGAUCAGUUGCAAAACAUCGAUGAUAUCCAACGCUUGAAAUCAUUGAUAGUUUUGGAGAUAUCCGAUGCUUGCUUCUUAGAAAACAUCAGAGAUGAUCUUUUUGAGCAAAUGACUAAUCUUCGGAGCCUCAACUUUUGUGGAGUCCCCAUCAAAACGCUGCCUUCCUCUCUUUCCAAACUGAGCCAACUGCAUUGGCUCAUCCUUAGAAGGUGCUCUUUUCUGGAAAGCUUGCCAAGUCUAAAAGCACAUACAAAUCUCGAGGUGCUUGAUCUUUCUGGUUCUACAUCUUUGCUAAAGAUUACAGACAAAACAUUCUCCUAUCUUAAGAAACUCCAUUUCCUUGACUUUUCCCAUACCUCGAUUAAAAGAUUGCCAAUCCUUGGCAAGCUUGAAAAUCUCACUCGACUCUUACUGCGCGGCUGCAAGUUAACUAGAUUACCUUCCUUUAAAGCCUUUCCUGCUCUUCAGUAUCUUGAGCUUUCAGGUUCUAAUAUGUUGAAGGAAAUCAAUGGAGAUUUUUCUGAAAAUAAGGAUAAGCUCCUGAUCCUUGAUUUGUCUAAGACUGAAAUCAAAUGUCUGCCUUCCAAUUUCGGCAACUUUCCAAAUCUUGAGUUGCUUGAUCUUUCUGAUGCCUCUAAAUUGGUUGAAAUCCCAGAAAAAGCCUUCAAAGAAAUGGUUUGCCUCAGUCAUCUCAACCUCUCAAACACCAAACUUGAACAUCUACCAAACAUAUCCAACCUUGUUAACCUUCGUCCGCUCUUUCUAAAAGGUUGCCCAUUACAAGAAUUUCCAAGAAUGGAAGGGGGGGUUCCAAGACUUGAGGUUCUGGAUCUGUCGGAGACAGCAAUCACGUCUCUAUCAUUAAACAAUCUUGGCAGUCUCCGGGAGCUCAAGUUAAGAGGCUGUUCGAAGUUGGAGCAGCUUCAACAUUUGGAAUCGCUUGUUCAUUUAGAGGUUCUUGAUUUCUGGGAGACGGGAAUCAACAAAUUUCCCCACGAGAUCUAUGAGUUGACUCAGUUGAAGCACCUUGAUCUGCCAAAGGGUAUUCAAGAACUUGACUUGCGGAAGAUGAAGCACCUGCCAGAGGAGCUAAACUGGGAUGAAUGCGGCAUCUCCGAGGUGGGAAAACAUGCCGUGCAUAUUGGUUAGAGGUAUGGAGAUAUCCAAAGUUGAUCCUAGAUUUAGAAGAAUUUACUUAAAAGAUUGUCUUUUCCUGAGGUGUGUUGCCGAUAUUUGGAAAUUGUUGGAUUUGAUUGUUUUCCUCGUGAAUGGUAUGCGUACGUGUGAUGGAUGUGUCUUUGACCGGAAAUAAGUUCAUCGGACUGUUAUCACCUACGAACUCUCUUUAUUUACUUGUUCUAAUUUGUUGGUUUGGUUUUCCUUUUGAGGUUGAUUAACAUGUAAUAGCCUAUGUGCUACGUAUUUGUAUAUUCAAAUCCAUUUUGUUA